GUGAACAGGGCACAUCAGGAAUUGGAAUUGCUGCUUGACUACAGAAAAGGGGUUCUGGCUGUGUCCAGGCUUCAUCACUAUGGAAGAGAACACUCGCCGAGACCCCGGGCGCCCGGAGGACUCCAGGCGGGGCGACGAGUCCAACCGGGCCAUCCUGCCUCUCCUCCAGCCACCUGGCAACCAGCAGGCCAACAGGGUCAGCAACUUUUACAUCGACAACAUCUUGCGACCGGACUUCGGCCGGAGGAGGAAGGUGGGCACCUCGGCUGGGGAAGAAGACAGUCUGGCAGUAAUCACACGCAGAGAGGAGCUGCCGCGGAGAAAGGCUCCCCAAACUGGCAACUCGCAGCAGCGGGACGCAGGAGACAAGGAGGAGGAGGAGGAGGAGGACACGGGAGCAUCCGAGGACCAGCAUCCGGACAGUGAGGCCGACAGGCCCGAUGUGACAGUCGGGUAUGAAGAUCGGGGCAGCCACAAGCCCAAGGCCAGCUCGGCCCCUGCCGCCAAUCCGACGGUGUGGCCCGCCUGGGUUUAUUGUACCCGCUACUCAGACCGUCCAUCAUCAGGGCCCAGAUCGCGCAAACCAAAGAAGACGCAGAGCCCGAGCAAAGAGGACAAGAGGCCCCGCACGGCCUUCACCACGGAUCAGCUUCACCGGCUGAAAAUCGAGUUCCAGAACAACCGGUAUCUGACCGAGCAGCGGAGACAGAGCCUGGCGCGGGACCUUGGCCUCAACGAGUCUCAAAUCAAAAUCUGGUUUCAGAACAAACGGGCCAAAAUCAAGAAAGCCGCCGGGAAUAAAAACUCUCUGGCGCAACAUCUCACGGAACAGGGACUGUACAACCACUCGACGUCCAAGGACGCCAAGUCUGACAGCGACUAGAGGGGAGGGGGACCCAGACAUGCAAUUAACCACUUCAGUACCAGCACUCGUAUUCUUGAAACCCGACUGGAGACAUUGUGUGUGUGUGUGUGUGCG